AUGUCUAGAAUAUACAGAAACCCCGGCCCAGAACCUUUCGUGGAUGUUCCAAAACUAGACCUGUUGACAUUGUUGUUUGAAUCUGAGCAUAGCGUUGCGGCCAUUUCUCCAGAAGACAUUGUCCUUCAUGUCGACGCAGAUAACCCGUCAAACAAGGUAACGAGAAAUGACCUCCGCGAUCUGCUGCAACGCAUUGCGCAUGGUCUAAGGCAUAAUUACGGGAUCGGCGCCAAUGACCCGAACAAGGAUGUUGUAACGGUCAUAAGCUACGGUCAGCCGCUCGUUGCCGCCGCCUUCUUUGGCGUUAUAGCUGCGGGAGGAGUAUAUUCGGCGGCAAGCCCUUCAUCCACGGUCGCAGAACUCGCACGGCAAAUCACAAUCGGAACCAGCAAUCUGAUCAUCUGUAGUGUUGAGUUCAAAGAGCUGGCCACGCAGGCAGCAAAGCAGUGCAACGUGCCUCUCAAUCGGAUCCUGGUUCUGGAAUCCUCGCCCUGCUGGCGAUUAUCAAGCUUGUAUGGUGGCAUCAACGCAAUCUCCGAAGACAAGCUUCCAUGGGGAAAGAUAACAGAUCCCAAGUUACUCAAGACGAGCCUCAUCACGAUCCUAUGGUCCUCUGGCACUACGGGCCUCCCCAAAGGUGUCAUGCUAUCUCAUGAGAAUAUGGCACAAGAGGUCUACCUCCUAUCACUUCCCGGGCGAGCUUGGGCCGCAAAGCAAAUUGAAGCAGGAAAAGAGCUCAAACCAUUCCGCGCCCUGGCCCACCUACCGAUCAGCCAUAUCGCUGGGCUGUUUGGAUACCUCGUUAUCCCGUUCUACUCAGGUGGGGUGGUCUUCUGGAUGCGUAAGUAUGAAUGGGCGAAGCUCCUAAAGCACGUGAAGGAACAUGAAAUCACCCAGUUCUACACCGUUCCGUCGAUCUUCUUGCGCAUUUCCAAGUCUCCUGAUGUCAAGGAUCAUUUCAAAAUGGUCGAUGGCGCGUCGACGGGAGCUGCACCUAUGGAUGGUGUCCUUCAGACCGCUGCUAAUGCCAAGCUUGGGCAGGGAGAGACGAAAAUUGGACAGACGUGGGGUUUGAGUGAGACAACAGGGGCAGUAACGAUGAUGCCCAGAGGUCAAAGCGAUGUCACGGGCAGCAUCGGCCUGGUGAUGCAGAAUGUCGAGCUGAGGAUGGUGGACGACGACUACAACGACGUAGAGCCAGGCCAGGAAGGCGAGAUGCUGGUGCGGAGUCCACUAGUCACCCAGGGAUAUUUCAACAACCCACAAGCAACCAAAGACGCCUUCCACGGAGACUGGUUCUGCACCGGCGACAUCGGGAUCAUGAGAGAUGGCAAGUUCUACAUUGUCGAUCGCAAAAAGGAGCUCCUCAAAUACAAAGGCCUACAAGUCGCGCCAGCCGAGAUCGAAAACGUGUUGUUCACACACCCGAAAAUCCAAGAAGCGGCCGUUGUGGGUGUGAAUCUGCCCGACGAUCCCGGCACGGAUCUUCCACGGGCGUAUGUGGUCGCCGAUCCCGCGCAGGUCUCCGAGGACGAGAUCAAGGAGUUCGUCAAGCAGCGCCUCGCGCCGUACAAGCAGCUGCGUGGCGGGGUGGUCUUUGUGAAUGAGCUACCCAAGAAUGCGAUCGGGAAGUAUUUGAGACGCGAGCUGAGAGAUCGCGCGAAGAAGGAGCUCGGAUUAGGAGCAGCUGCGAAGCUUUGA